UUGGGGCCCAAAGCCACUCGAGUGGCGUUUUACGUCACUAAAACGCAACGGAAACGCAACACAAAAAAAAAAGAAGAAAAAAAAAUAAUGCGUGAAAAAGAAAAAAGACGGUAGGCCGCCAGGUCCGAUUUUAUUGUGUGUAUGUGCAGAAGAGGUGCCCCUGUAGUUACUAUGUGCGAUUAAUUCCGUGCAGCUGGUCCAGUGGUGCGAUUCCCACGUAAUGUUAAGGCAGUCAAUGACGGAGAGAUACGACCUUUGGAGUGCAAUACUGCUGGCUCUAACCCUAUGGCUACUAACAUCACUAUUACUCUCAGAAGGCCAGGUGAAGACAUUGUAACUGUUGGUACUACUGCAGAUGCAAAGAUACUGGAGUUUUCUAUUACUGGAAACCUCAGCCAGAACGGGUCGGUGUAUAAUUGCACAGCUGUUAAUGAGAUCGGACCAACGUCAAUGUCAUUUACAUUGGUAGUUAGGGAUAUACCAGGCGAAGUAGACAGCACAAAAAUAGCUUCUGUUCCCCUCACUCUCCUUGUCUCGAACGUCACGUGGCCUGCCCCUAUCUCAAACAAUGCCGAGAUCACUAACUACACUGUCACAGUCUUCAGCACUGCAACAGACGACUGUGAUAAUUACACCACUCCACAGCCCCAUGCCGCAGUGUGCACAGUUCCCACUGUCACCUAUAACACUUCUGUCAGUGCUACAAAUGUUGUGGGAUCCAGCACUUCAGAUACGACUACUAUUGUCGGGACCGAUGGAGGAGCCCAGCCGUAUGUGACGGGAUUUGCGCUCUCCCCCAAGUUUCUCAUCUUGGAGUGGAACCUCUCGUCUCUUGUCUCUAAUGUGACUGACCCACCAAAUGACCUCCCUGCAGAGGGUGUCUUCUUCGUGGAAGAA